AUGACCAUAGAAGUUGAAAAUGAGCCAACAAAUGCUGAAUAAUAAGAAGAUAUAGAAAAAAAAUAAGAAAAUGCAAAAAUUAAUUUAUCUUUCUUGGAUUUAAGCAGAUAUGUUGAUGAUUUCAAAUUUAACGAUAAUGAAAAGGAAGAAUUAUAAAAAAUGAGUCAAUUUAUGGUUUGGUUUUGGAAAAUAAAAGCCUUUAAUAUAGCCUUAUAUGAAGAUAGUUUUAUGCUACUUAUGAUUUUAGAAGAAAAUUAUGAAAAUGUAAUGGGAACAAUGAGAUUAGAAAAAGAUUUAAAUAGAGAAAUUUAAUAAUGGUUAUUUGAUUUUUAUUUCUCUUAUGCUUAUUAUAUUGAAUAUUUAGAAAAUUAGAAUUAUAGAUUAGAUUAUUAAAUAAAAAAAUAUGUUUAAGAUUUAAUUAGUUUAGUUUGA